UCUGAAAUUUAUUACAUUUUCUUUUACCCACAAUUUAUACUAUUUAAACAUCAAAAUGACAACACUAGCCAAAACAACUAUCACUCAUUCACCAUUAAUUGGUGGUCUUCACUGGGUUUCGCAUUAUAUACAGCUUCCAUUGUGGCUCUUGGUUUUCGUCAUCUCCGUGCACGACCAUCAAAAUGUCAACGUCUUCCAGUGCAAGAUUCGACGCCUACUACGACGAUUGUAUGAACGAGAUCGAGGAACUUUCUACACUAGCAGACGAAGAAGUAGCUCGGGUGACUUUAAUAAUUUUCAUCUCCUUUUUUGCAGGAAACUGGAAUGA